CGCUUUUUUCCUGUGUUCCAUUUCUGCUUUUUUCUAAGUCAAAAUUCUGCUAUUUUAUCCAAAACGGCUGGAAAACAAGUCUAGGUAAAUGGAUGCAUGUGACCCUUGGCGCCCAUCUGAAUCUUCUAAAACUGAGGAAAACCAACACAAUGCUUCCUGGUAAGCAACAACAAUAAACAUGAUGUAAUUGUAAAGUUGUAAACUAAGCAGUGAUUGAAGUUAUAAAGUUAAGAUCAUGCAGUCUUAAAAAAGUUAAAAUUCUUAGUCGUCCAGAUCAUGAUUUAACAUGAAAUUGAGCUCAUGAAAUUGAUUAUUCAUAGCCUAAAAAUACAGAGACAUGUUUUGAUUCCUUAGAUUUGUGACAGUAUCUAUUUCAGUUCAUUUUAUUUUAUUCAUCACACUAAGAUUGUCUAUAGAUCUAGUAAAGGUCAAGGAUUGUGCCACUCUGACUGAUGCACAUGCUUACAUGUUGAAAUAUUUCAGGAUGUUAUUGGCAAAUUGUUAUUCUAUUUACUGACACAUGGGAGGUACAUGAAAGGAUUUUUACCCCCAAAAUAAAUGUGGAAAUGUGGAAAAACUUGAAAAAGACACUUGAAUUAAUGGAAUGAGACUGCACUGAUGGGUGUUGUGUGAUUAUGCUUGCAAAUAUAGGGCAUUAGAGUCUUAGAUUUUCAUUCCUUACAAAAAUUCCAAUAUGAAUUUCAUAUUUCCAAAUCUAAUACCUGCAGGUGUCAAAUCUCCAGAGACAUCACGGGUGGCAUAUGGCAUUCAUCCUCACUGCAAAAACAGUGCAGAUGAAGCAAAUCCAAGCUCCAUACCUGAACCAUGCGUGUCUCUGCCCGAUAGAGUGGCACAUGCUGAAGCGAAAGUACUUGCUUUUCAAGCUGAGAAGUCUUUGUCUUAUUCGAUAGUGCCAGAUAUAAUAGACUUAAGUAAAUCCUUGGCCAAAGACAAGGCUGCAUUGGACGCCUUAUCUAUAGACAGAACGUCAGCUUCCUAUAAGAUGACCCAUGGACUUGGUAAAACUUUUGAAGAACAAUUAGUUGAAGAUCUCCAAAGUUCUUAUUUUUCAUUGAACAUUGAUGAAUGCACCAGUGACACUAAUAUGCGUGUUGUCUCUGUUUUAGUUUGCUAUUAUUCAAGCCAAGAGAAGAGAGUUGUCAUCAAGCACCUGUCAUCAUUCUCAGUAGUGAAAGUCGAUAGCCAGACUCUGUUCAAUUAAAUUUGCAACAUGUUUGAUAAACUGAAAUUACCAUGGGAAAAUUUAAUCUCCAUUCUUAUGGACAGCUGUAACAUCAUGAGGGGUAGCAAAUCUGGACUUGAAACAUUGAUCCGCAAGCACAAGGCACAUCAUAUGCUUGAUAUUGAUGAUGGAGACUCAUGCCAUCAUGCACAUAAUGCAGCAAAAUCUUUCUGUGAACCAUUUGAAAAGGAGGUUGAAAGCUUGUUGACAAAAUUGUACAAUGACUUCAAGUGGAGCCCAGACAAGAAACAAGCUCUGAAACUGAUCUGUGAAGCACUGGUUAUUCAAGGUACCACCCCAGAAAAUUAUGUUAGUCACAGGUGGUUAUCAGUAUAUGCAGUAUAUGAUGUCUGUGUUGAUACAGAUCGCUUAUGGGAUGCAUAUGUAGAAUUUUAUUACUCAUUUCUGUCUGACUCUGAUCAUUCAACAUACCUCUCAGUUCUUCAGGACAUUUACAAGAUACACAAUGUAGAUAAACCAACACAGGAUGCUAUCAAGAAAGUGCAGAAAAUGAUGAAAGAAAAAAUAAAAAAAAGAAUGACUAAAGAGGGCUUGCAGAGAGUGAAGUACAUUGUGCAGAAAAUCUUUCACACAGGACCAAAAACAAAGGUGAUCAUUCAUGUGUUUGUUUCUGUGCUCCCUCUACUGAAGAAAUAUGUGAUGCUCUUCCAGGGUGAGAAACCCAUGGUUCAUCUUCUGAAUGAUAAAGAGACUGAAUUGCUCCAAGACUUCUUGGCAUGUUUCAUUAAUUCAGAAAAACUGAAAGAUGCAACUGCAAGGACACUUAUUGAGCUCAAAGUAGAGGAACCAACAAAUCACCUUCCAGAUGCCACAAUCUUCCUUGCCAAGUACAUACACAAGAAGUUGCCAGCCUCACUUGCAAAAGAAAUAAUUGUGAAACUGAAAGCGGGCUAUGUGAAGUGUGCACAGUGCCUACAAAGAAAAAUGCCAGUGAAUAACUCACUGUAAAGAUCCAUUUCUGCCAUAGACCCAAGGUGCAGGGGACACACACUUACAUUGAAACACCUCUUGAAAUUGCCAACACUGAUAACCAAUGUACUUAACAAUGAUACAAGCAACGAACAGUAUCAUAUAGAGGCACGCAGAUACCAAUUUGACAAAUCUGAUCUGGAAGAUGCUACUGAUAUUGUACAAUUUCAGAGUGGUUGUGCACAAAAAUAUCCUAACUUGUCCAAGAUGGCUUUUGCUGUACUCAGUUGUUUCCAUGGACCUGCUGUUGAGUUGUCAUUUAGCAUUAUGCAGACAGUAAUGACAAAGCAAAAAUCAAGCUUGCAGAUAGCAAGCUUUUCACUGAUUCAAACUGAAUUAUGAGUUGCAUGCAAGUGGAAAGACAGCCAUACAAUACUUUGGUGACAAACGUGUAAAUCCAAAUCUCACUAAAAACAUGAGAACUGCAUAUCUCACACACUCUGCAGCAAAAGAAAUGGCAAAGAAGAGUAACAAAGAACAUAAAGACUGCAUAGGGUUGAAGAAAAAGUCCUCUGUUUCUUCCAAAACCAAACUGAAGCUGGCAACUUUCAAAAGAGCGCAUACAGACAUUCAAGUGCACCAUGUUAAGCAAGAAACCUCUAAAAUGCAAAAGACGAGAAGUAAAUAGUAAGGUAAAUUUUCAGCUUUUUUCAGCUAUUUUUUUGAAACCCCACUCACAGGCCUGAUAGAUAUCUUUGGGGGAGUAAAUUGUGUCAUUUCAAGCUUUCUUCUUUUUAUUACUUAUUAGAAACAAGUCUACUCUUUGUGGCACAAUUUUAUAAUAUCCUAGAUUUGUUCCUGCAAGAACUAUUACCAGAACAAUCAAGAGGUCAACAGAAACCUUAUUAAAUCCAG